AUGGACAUUGCGCUGUCUUCGGAUGCGCUGGACGUCUCGUUCCAUCCUGGGGAGGAUGAGAACUUGCUCGCUGUCGGGCUGAUCAGCGGCAAGGUCCAGCUAUUCGACUAUAGCGCCAUGUUGGACGAGGAUGGAGACGAGACUUCUUCGAAGCGCAAGUACAAGCGCCUGUGGAACGUGCGCACUUCGCACAAGAGCUGCCGCGGCGUGUCGUUCGAUGAUACAGCGUCAAACCUGUACUCAAUUUCAAAGGACCGCUCGCUCCUCUCCAUCGAUCCGCUCACCGGGCAGGUCAAGAUGCGGGUGAACAAUGCGCAUGACUCCGCUCCCUCGCGUGUGCUCCCGAUCGAUACUAAUCUCGUGGCGACCGGAGACGACGACGGUGUAGUGCGUCUUUGGGAUCCCCGGUCAGCGAAGGAGGACUCGGCGCCGAUUCAGUCCUACGACCACCAUUUUGACUGGAUCACAGACAUGCUGUGGUGCACGCACCUCGACGCGCCACGCACGCGCAGCAAGGACGAGCCUCCGAAGCGGAAACGUGCCGAACCGAGCGACGGUGACGGCCGCAGCCGGCUGGUCUGCACAAGCGGCGACGGAACGCUGAGUGUGAUUGACGUGCGCGCCAAGAAGAAGGCCGUCGAAGUGAGCGACGACCAGGAGGACGAACUGCUGUCGAUUGCUGCGAUUCGAGGCGGAAAGAAGCUCGUUGUCGGCACACAGCUCGGCAUUCUUUCUUUGUGGGCGCCGUCGCGUGGCUUGCUCGACCACGUCGACCGGUUCCCUGGCCACCCGUCGAGUGUCGACACGAUCUGCACGCUUGACGACGAUACCGUACUCACAGGAUCUUCUGAUGGGCUUGUGCGUGUCGUCCAGCUCUUUCCGCACAAGCUACUGGGCAUUGUCGCGGACCACGACGGGAUGCCCGUCGAAGUCAUGCGCCGCAAAGGCAAUCUGAUUGCCAGUUUGGGCCACGGCAGCGAGUGCAAGCUCACGGAUCUUCGCCCGCUCCUUGAGGGGGACGAGGAGGAGGAGGACGACGAGGAGGACGAGGUCAUUCUGCGCCAGUCCGAGACCAUCGCACGCAGCACCGAGGCGAGCGACGAAGAUAGCAGCGACGAGGAGAGCGACGCGCCGCCUCUGCAGCGCCGCCGCAACCUGCCGCCGCCCGCCGCCGCCGCCGAGGCGCAGGAUACCGAAGCGGACGCCAAGGCGUUUUUUGCGGAUAUGUAG